UUGACGCACAGCGCGUGUCCCGAGGAGUAAGAGUACAGUAUUACACUGUGUGUUUAGCACUCUGCUCAGGGUAUCACGGUGCAGGCGGGAGAGCUCGGACAGAAACAAUGCCCAAGUGUAUGGUCAUAGGCUGCACAAAUAGGCAAACUAAAAAUGCCGAGGACUUCUCUUUACAUCGCUUUCCAUACGAACACAAAAAAGCAAAAGCAUGGCUCCUAGCCAGUGGUGACUACUUUGAAAAUAUCGAUGCUGUCAUCCAACUUUUAUCACGGCGGAAGGAAGCCAACACUUUCAGAGUAUGUUCGGAUCAUUUCUCGCCAGAUUGUUUCAUUCAGACGGGGAAAAAAAAAAAAUAUUUGAAACCAGGAGCAGUACCCACAAUUUUUCAUAAACCUCAAUGGAGCAAUAGAGUAUUAAACAUUCCACAAGAAAUGCCAACUAUAUUAGGAGAAACUAGUUCAAAUAUUGGUACCAGUUCUCCAAUUGGUGUUCUACAAACUACUUUCAUUGCAACUAGCAUCAGAUCUGGUAGUGUGGUGGUUGUACAAGACCAUGACUAUCCCUCAGAGGUUGGCUACAUUGUACCUAAUGUUUCUAAAAUCUGUAAUCGGGCAGUCAAUACUGUAAGAAAUACAUGUGAUAAAUCUAUUUCAACGUCGAGAUAUAAUACACAGAGAACAGUUUCUACGCAGACAAAAUGGCCAGGUAAUAAAAGAGAUGCUUCAACUUCAACUAUCGAUUUAGCUAAAAAGCAUGACGUAUGGACAUGGACUGGUGUAGCUGAAGAAAAAAAAGACAUUGGCAGAGCUUGCAGUACUAAGGAAAAGUCAACAGAAGGAAUUAUUUUAGAUAAAUCUCAUAUUCUACAGUCAUGUCCCAGAGUUUUAACACACAUCACUUCACCCACAUCAGUAAGAUUGCCAUGUGCCGUCAGUAAAACUAUGUCUUCACCAGUCCCCCAAAUGUCAUCUGUACUCAAACAAUCGGAAAGAGCAUCAACGAUGCAUGACCCAGCUUUACUCGAUCCAGAUCCAGAGAUUGAAACAUCAGAAAUAGGAGAACUGUCAUUUUCAACAGAGCCCUCCUCUGAAGAUUUGGUGUCUGAGAAAAAGUUUAUAGUAUUUGAAUCCUGCCUUGAUGAGCUCUUGCGCACUGUACAGAUAUGCACGUAUGACAAUUUUUGUAAUGCACCUAUAAUUUAUAAAGAAAAAGUUGUAACAGGAUCGUUAUUAACAAUAUAUUCAAUGUGUGAAGCUAAUCAUCGAUGCCUCUUAUGGAGAAGCCAGCCAAUGUUAGGCAGAAGAUCGUGUGGCAACAUACUGGCUAGUGCUGCCAUAUUGUUUAGUGGUUUGCAUUUUACAAAAGUUAGUGAACUCUUCAAAAUAUUUGGUGUACCUUUCAUUUCAGAAUCUGUGCACUAUAUAUAUCAAAAAAAGUUUUUGUUCCCCAUCAUAGAUUUACAUCAUCAGACAGACAGAAAGGCAAUAUUAAAUACUCUAAGAGGAAAGGCCGUAAGGCUCUGUGGCGCUGGCCAGUGUGACAGCGCUGACUCCACCACAAAGUGCUAUAUGUAUACUCUACUUGAGGAAGAGACCAAAAAAAUAGUUGAAUUUAACAUUAAACAUGUAAGUGGAACAACGUCCUCAGUAGCUACGGAAUCAGAAACAUUCACGAGGUGUAUGGAUAAAGUAAUAGCUAAUGGAUUGAAAAUUGCUGCUGUUGUCACUGAUCUCCAUGUAGGCAUUCGCAAAGUGAUGAGGGAGAAUUACUUAACAAUUAAGCACCAGUUUGAUGUCUGGCACUACUGUAAAAAAAUGAGCAACAAACUAACAUCCAUUUCGAAACACAGGAUGUUCAAAGAGCUUGCCCCGUGGAAUAUGGCAAUAGUUAAUCACUUGUGGACAUCAUGCUGUUUAUGCCAAGGUGAUGUGGGACUACUCCAAAACCGAUGGAGGUCACUAAUUAGGCAUGUUGUGAAUGAACACACCUGGGAAUCAGAUGGUGUAUUGAGCAGCUGCGACCAUGCACCAAUUACAGAGUCAAAUGAUCGACCAUGUCCCUGGUUGAAAAGAGACACUGUAGCCUACUCAAGACUGUGCUCAUUUGUAACAGAUCCCAAAACACAGAAAGACUUGCCGUACCUGGCGGAUUUCUGCCACACUGGGGACCUGGAGGUGUACCAUAAUGUCGUUUUGAAAUACCGUCCAAAUAGAGUUCACUUUUCCAUUGAUGGUGUGGUAGCUAGGACAAAGUUAGCGGUCUUGGCCUACAAUGCUAAUGUGAAUCGUAAGCAGGCUGCAGUACACCGAGCUUGCAAAGGGACUGCUCAAAGUGUCUCUCUUAGAUAUCAACCGUUUUUUCCCAAAAGAAAUAAAAACCGUCAGGGUAAAGAAAUACAUAAUUCUGUGUCUACAGACUAUUUGUUUCCCAUGCUGGCUGAUGUUCUAAAACUUGCAUUGCAGGAUUUUGUAAGUGAUGUGGAUGCCAGAAUUACUCUUUCUUCUUCCAUAUAUCUAGAGCUCUCCUCCUCCGAUCGAAAAUCCUUAAGCUUGAAAAAAAAAAUCUGUUUCCUCUAA